CCGAGAAGCAGCGCAGGAGCAGCAUCAUGGAGAUGCAAUUCGCUGAAGCCGCUAGUGUCGUCGUGCUGUCUGUUGCGGCGGCCAUCGUCGGCACGACUGUUGUCAUGAGCUCUCGUAAGAAGAGGAAACAUAAGAUCGAAGACGAAGAGGAUGAGAAUGUCGAACGGCCGGCGAAGCGGCUGUUCAAGGGCUCGUUUGCCCGCGAAGACGCCCCGGACGAAACAAUCGUCGACUUGCUCAAACGCCGUGCUAUGGAGACCCCUGAUAAGGUUGUGUACAUCUUUCUGGAUGACCAAGGCCACGAAAGUGUCGUGAUCACGUUCGAAGAACUCGACCGUGCCGCACGCAAAGUCGCAGCGACUUUGCAGACUGACGCCGGAUUGUCCAAGGGCGAUCGCGUCAUGUUAUGCUACCCUCCUGGUUUGGAUUUCGCCAUGGGGUUUUGGGGUUGUUUGUACGCCGGUGCCAUCGGCAUUCCAACCUACCCUCCGUACCCAGGCACGCUGGCAAAGGAUUUGCCCAAGUUCAAUCGUAUGGUGGCGGACUCUGGCGCGCGCGUCAUCUUGACCAACCGAACGUAUCAUUUGGCGACUCAACUCGCAACGGCCAAGAGCUAUUUCUCCAGCGACGCGCCGACGUGGCCCAAGGACAUUCAAUGGUACUCGACUGAUGCGAUUUCAAGCUCGACAGCUUCUCGCUUCACCGACGUUAGCGUGGGUGUGGACGAUGUUGCGUUCUUCCAAUACUCCUCGGGUUCGACUUCCGAGCCCAAAGCUGUCAUGAUCUCGCACGGAAACAUCCAAGCGCAACUGAAGACGUGGGCAUCUAUCGAAGAGACGGACACCCUUAUUUCGUGGCUGCCGUCUUACCACGACAUGGGCCUUGUCGGAUUCAUUCUCACGCCGUGCGCGUUCGGAGCUCGAUGUGUGUCGAUGUCGCCGCUGGCGUUUAUCAAAGAUCCUGCGAUGUGGAUUCGUAUCGCUUCCAAGUACAAGGGCACACAUUUGUGCGCACCGAACUUUGGUUAUGCCUUGGCAGCGCGCAAAACGUCCAAGGCCCAGGUGGCGAAGUUGGACUUGUCGCAUUUAAAGCAAGCGAUCUGUGCUGCCGAGCCAAUCCGCGUCGAAUCGCUUGAGGCGUUCACGGAAACGUUCGCCCCGGCCGGAUUUGACCCGAAGACGUUCAAUUGCGGCUACGGUCUGGCUGAAGUCACGUUGGUUGUGACUGGGCAAGACCCCAAGGUACGAAAAGAACCGUCAGUCUUGAACGUGAAGAAGAGCGUCCUGGAGAAGCAAAAGCGCGUUGUGCUUGCACCUAAGGGCCACCCGUCCCCGGACGCAACGACUUUGGUCGGGUGCGGUCAUGCCAUGCCCACGUUUAAAGUGAUCGUUGUCGAUCCCGAGUCAUUCAAACCGUUGGGCGAAAACCAAGUCGGCGAAGUUUGGAUUCAAGGGCCGAGUGUAGCGAAAGGCUACUGGAAGCGCGAAGAAUACACUGCCGAGAUGUUCCAUGCCAAAGUGAAAUCGCCCAAGGCGGCCCAUCAGAGCUACAAAGGCAACUGGCUGAGGUCGGGAGACAUGGGAUUUCUCCGCCACGACGAAGUCUUCAUCACGGGGCGUCUCAAGGAUCUCAUCAUCAUUCGAGGACGGAACGUGUGCCCACAAGAUGUUGAGCAUUCGGUCGAAUUGGCGCACGAUCAAGUCCGUCCUGGAUGCGUAGCCGCGUUUUCGAUUGAAACGGCUCAGCAAGAAGAAGCGUUGGUGGUGGUUGUCGAACUCCGCGCGGACUUGAGGAAAGACCAAGACCAACUUGGGGCGAUUGCCCGGAAGAUUGCAACUUCUGUGUUGUCCGAGCACCAGUUGCGAUGUGCGGCGAUUGUUUUGCUCAAGCCCAGAACGAUUCCCAAGACGACGAGCGGCAAGAUUCAACGUAGUGCCGCCAAGAAUCAGUACAACUCGGGGUCGUUGGCGGCGCAGUACAUCCAUCGCGCAGACUCCAAGGCCGCCGUCCAGGCAGUUCAGAUUGAAGAGGCCCCGGAAGAGAUUGAAAGCGACGAAAAGCCCCAAGCUACCAUCCCACCCACCGAUGUGCGCACUGAAGUGGAAAUUGAAGCGUGGCUCGUGGCCCGCCUCGCCCAGGAAGCCGUGGGCGGUGGUGAGACCUCGGACGAAGUCAACCAGGACAAGGAAUCAACCAAGGCCAGUGACAAGAUUGACUUGAAUACUCCGUGGGCCUGUUUCGGCAUGGAUUCCGUCGCGAUUGUGAGCUUGAGCGCUGAACUGGGAGAAUUCCUUGGCGUGGUGGUGCCCCCCGCUGUGUUUUUCCAGUAUGACACCCCCGCCAAGUUGAUUGCAGCCCCUGGUUUGGCAACUGGCGAAUUGAGUGACUCGCAAACUGGUGAAGCGGGCGUCCAAGCCAUGUCGUACGUCGGUGAAGACGGCGAAAUGCUUCCUGAGUGUUACGACGUCCUGUCGUUUCCCGAGAUCAAGCACUUGCAAGGCCAAAUGGAUGAACUGACUGCUGCUGGCCUCAAAGUGCCGUACUUGGACGUGCUCACGACCGAAAAGCGCAAACAACUCAACUACAACACGUACAACUACUUGGGCUACGCAUCGCAUCCCGAAGUGGCCGCUGCGUCAAAGGCUGCCAUCGAUACGUACGGCACAGGCAUGAGUUCGUCCCCGAUUGUCGGCCAAACGAUUGUCAACACGGACGUCGAGAAGACGCUGUGUUCUCAUUUCAACGCUGAAGCCGCCGUGUUGUUUGUCGGCGGAUGGGUCGCCAACGUGACCACGAUCGAUUCGUUAGUCGGCAAGGGCGACUUGAUCUUGUGCGACGUGCUCAACCACAACAGUUGUGUGACGGGCCAGCGCCUCAGUGGGGCGUCGAUCCUGUCGUUUCCACACAAUGAUGUUGCGACGGCGGACCGUAUCCUCCGCUCGGUCCGACACAAGUACCGCCGAGUGCUGCUAGUGAUUGAAGGCGUGUACUCGAUGGACGGCGACAUCCCUGACCUGCCAGCGUUUGUCGCGUUGAAAAACGCCCACAAGUGUUUGUUGUUUUUGGACGAAGCGCAUUCGUUUGGGACCAUGGGCGCGACUGGGAAGGGCAUGUGCGAACACUUCAAUAUCGCGACAUCCGACGUCGAUGUUCGCAUGGGCACGAUGAGCAAGGCAAUGGGCUCCGUCGGUGGCUUCAUCCUGGCCUCGCAUGCGCUGAUCCAGUACCUCAAGUAUUGCGCUGGAGGGUUCGUCUACUCGGUGGGCCUCGGCCCUGCCAACGCCGGCGCGACCCUCAAGUCGCUUCAGCUGAUGGCACAGGAACCCGAACGCUCCACGCGACUGCAGGAGCUCAGUGCGUUCUUCUUUGACGCGUGCGUCAAGGCCAAGUUAGAUGUCGGCACCAACGUGCGUGGAACGUGUGUGGUUGUCGUGUACGUGGGGUCAACGGUCGAGACUGUGCUAGCGUCCAUGAUGCUGAGCGAUAACCACGGUAUCAAUGUCAAGCCGAUCGUGCACCCCGCCGUUGAAGAAGGCAAGUGUCGUCUGCGCUUCUUCAUCUCGUACUUGAAGACGGAAGAAGAACUCCAGCGAACUGUUGACGUGUUGGUACAAACACUGGUCGAUGUCCGAGCGCGUGCGGCAGCUCUCGAAGCCGCCCCUGCCGUUGAGGUCAUUCCCAACGAAGACGAACUAGUCAAGGGUGCCGCCGCCGAUGCAGCGCCUGCCGUCGUCGAAACUGUCUCCAGCUUGUAAACAUAUUCCAGUCAAUACCUCGUCUUCGCUUCCCGUGGCUCAUAUGUGUACCCUCUAUCAGCUGAAAAGCGUAUGCAGCGGAAGCUGCCAGUCCGUCCCUGGAAUACGUCGCAGCCUCUGCAACGUGGUCGCUCUACCUGGCGAUGGUCCAGCCAACAUUUGACGCCACCAGUGCAUUUGCCAACAACCGACGCAAGCCUGGACGAAAUCUGUGAGGCGAAGGCAUGCACUCACGCUGCGCUAUCAUCACACAAGCGCUAAAAGGAAUUUCUCCAUUUGUGUCGUAGUGCUCUUACGAAUCCCAUGCACAACACGUCGCGAGGUUACUGACUUGGCAUAGUUUUCACAGUUAAAUCUUAAUAUCCUCCAUGUUGUUCUUGGUGGACACGCCGUCGACGAGCCCCCGCGUUGAGUUGACUUCGUUCUCCACGGUAGUCACAUCCACUUCGAGGACGGACCUCAUCGUGGGCUUGGUGGGCACGUUUUGCUUGGUCCAGUUUUUCGCGCCGCGCUUCGAUCGACGGCUCGUCACGACGGCCAUCACGGUGGCAAUGAGGACGACUCCCAACAGCCCGACUAUUGCCCCUGUAAUCGCAAUGUACUUGUUAUCUUUCUUGAUCACGUUGAUGAUUGAGUUCGGGUCCGACUGCGACGCCGCCGCGUUGACAAAGUGCAGUGGCUGCGAGUCAAACUUGGCUUUCCCCGCAGGCGUCUGACAAUACGCGCGGCCGUCACGAAUAGUGAGCCAGUUGACCAUUUGACCCCACUGUUCUUCGUGUCCACACUCGACCAGUUGGAAGUACUUGAGCGAGUCCUUCCCGUGGUGUUCCAUGUUCAGGACGAAGUUGCCAGGCACCUGCUGCUCCCCGCUCAGCAUGCACGACACGUUUGCAACGACAUGGUACGACUGUGUCGGGAUCUUGUUGUACUUGGAUUCCUUAUUCUUGGUUCCAAUGAAGUCGGACGCGUUUUUGACUUCGAUGGACGAGUACUCGAUCUGGAGCUCUUCGCACACAGCCUUUUCCUUGUACAAGUCGAACGCGAGUUUCGCUGCAUCACGCAACAAGGAAGGGACAGCCGCGUCGUCCAACUCAGUCCAUUCGGAUUCAGCGAGAUGCUUCGCUUGGGAUUUGUCCAGCACUGACGUGGAAGCCGUAGGGACGGCGGCAGUGGACACGGCCACCGUCGCUUCGACUUGGGCGACCACGUCUUCGUCCUCCAUGUCUUCGGGACACAGGUCGAACUUGCAGUCGUUGUCUGGGUUCGGAUACACCUUCGUUACACCGUUCAUGCAGGUGUGCACUAGUUUCUUGCACUUCUUGGCUUCCACCGGCGACAAAACCAUCGCCAAGAGUGCGACGCCCAGCGCUAACAACUUCAUUGCCGAC